AAUCCCCAUUAUCUCUCCCCACUUUGGGCUAAUCAGACAAUCGCUAAUGCCGAAGGCUGCUUCCUGCCGCCUCUGGGAGCUCCUGCCGAGCGCCUCCCACGACCACUCCUAGGAGCGGCGUGCCCGGCCGCCCCUCAGUUCUCAGCCUGCUCUGCCCCCGCCUCCUUCCCCUUAUCGACCAUGGCCACCUCUGGACGCCUCAGCUUCACCGUGCGCAGCCUCCUGAAUUUACCCGAGCAGGACGCGCAGCACCGGCCAAGGCGGGAGCCAGAACCACGCAUCCCCGGUGUGGACCACUGCACCGACUGGCUGGAGUCCGAGCGCACCCACUAUCCCUCCUCGGACGAGAGCAGCCUGGAAACAAGCCCGCCAGACUCGCAGCUUGCGUCGGCUCAGCGUGCGUCUCCGAGCUCCGACGCCGAGAAGAGGAAGAAGCGGAGGGUGCUGUUCUCUAAAGCACAGACUUUGGAGUUGGAGCGACGCUUCCGGCAGCAACGCUACCUGUCUGCACCCGAGCGUGAACAGCUGGCGCGCCUGCUCCGCCUCACGCCCACUCAAGUCAAGAUCUGGUUCCAGAACCAUCGCUACAAGCUGAAGCGGGCGCGCGCGCCGGGAACGGCGGAGUUGCCAGACUUGGCAACCUCUGCUGAGCUGCACCCUGCACCCGGCUUACUGCGCCGCGUGGUGGUUCCAGUGCUGGUGCACGAUGGGCAGCCACGCAGCAGCAACGGUGAGGCCGGCACCGCGUCGGCCCAGGACAAAUGCAGCGCUCCCCCAUCCACGGCCUGCCCACUGCCGGGCUACACCCCCUUCGGUCCCGGCUCCGCGCUCGGCCUCUUCCCCGCCUACCAGCACUUAGCGCCCCCCGCCCUGGUCUCCUGGAAUUGGUGAGGCCGCAAGGGGUACCUGGGGCUAUCCCAGACUUUGAAGCGCGCUGUGUAGCCGCAGUAAGGGUACAGCCAAAGACCUGUAGCUCUCUGGGAUCGCUGUUUGCUGGCCCCUUCCCUGCAGGCCCCACCUCGGGGUAUACUGUCCAGCCCUCUCCAGCUGUCGCGGAAGCACAUACAGGGAACUUUCGCUAAAAUCUCCCCUUCCCUGGACUCAGAGCUAGAUUUUAUUGAGUCUUAUUGUAUAUUUUAAAUAGUCAUUUGU